AUGCUCAGAGAGGGUGAACUGACCACAGUAGAACAGUUCAACACAGUGCUCAAACACCUUACCGAUGCAAUUUCCGAGACCAUCAAAACAGCUGUCCCACUGUCCAAGCCAACUCCCUUCACCAAGCGAUGGUGGUCGAAAGAUCUCGGCAAGUCUCGCCGAGCACUACAGCACCUAGCAAGAGCAUCAUACAGACACCACCACAUCUGUGACCACCCCUCCCACUCCAAGUACCGCAAGGCUCGAAACCGGUAUGGUGACGAGAUCAAGUCAGCCAAGCAGGACCAUUGGGAAGCAUGGCUCAAAUCUGCAGACCCAGACUCAAUCUGGAUGAUCAACCAUUUCACAGCAGCAGGACCAACAGAUGGUAGCCGACCCCACGUGCCUCCUCUCAAGGAUGGGGAUGCACCCUUAGCCAAAGAUAAUAUGGCGAAGAGCUCUGUCCUCUAUAAGGCCUUCUUCCCUCUGCCAGGUCCACCCCCCUCACUUCCGAGCAACCACAGAUAUCGCAAGCCCGCCUUCCAUUUCUCCCCAAUCACAGAUGCACAGGUAGAAGCUGUCAUUAAGAAACUGAAGGAACUCAAAGCUCCAGGGCCCGACGGCCGCCUCUUCCAUGCCACAUUCAACCUCAAUGUUUACCCCGCUGAUUGGAAGAUGUCAAACACAGCAGCACUUCGCAAACUGGGCCGCCCGGACUACUCUGUGGCCAAGGCCUACAGGCCGAUAGCCCUCCUCAACUGUAUUGACUCGCUCCACCUUCUUGUCAAGACGGUAAAGGAUGCAUGGCGUCAAAAGAAAGUAGCCUCAAUUCUUUUCCUGGACAUUAAAGCUGCUUUCCCGAGUGCAAACCUAGAAUGCCUGUUUCACAACAUGCAUACCCGUGGCGUCCCGAAGGAGAUCAUUAACUGGUUGCAGCGACGGCUGGAAGGACGGCACACUAGAAUACUGUUUGAUGACUUCAAAUCAGCACUCUUCGAGAUUAUCAGCAGUAUUGAUCAAGGCUGCCCCCUCUCUGUCAUCCUCUAUGAAUUUUACAACUCUGACCUCUUCGAGAUUGCUUACAGAGUUCCUGACUCACUUGCCCUUGGCUACAUCGAUGACGCUGCCAUUACCGCCAUAGGUAAGAAUUACACGGAGACCCACGAAAUCCUUCGCGGGUAUAUGGAUGGCGAAGGCGGCGCCACGUUCUGGUCAAAUGACCACCAGUCGGAAUUCUCCCUUGACAAGUUCGGUUUGCUCAACAUGUCCGCCAUGUCCCCGGACGUUGGCCCAGCCCUCCAACUCCAGUCUGCAAACAUUAAGCCCCUCAAAGCGCACAAGUUCCUUGGCAUCACCAUUGACCGCCAUCUCCACUUCCAACAGCAGACUGCAGGAGCACUCUCGAAGGGCUUUGCAUGGGUACAGCAAUUCCGACAUUUAGCAAGAGCCUCGGGUGGUAUCCCCUUUUCUCAUAUGCACCACCUUUACCUUAGUAUUGCUGUCCCCCGGAUAUUAUAUGCUGCUGACAUCUUCCUCACUCCCCUCAGGAACCUACCGGGCCGCAAGUCAAUGUAUGGCUCUGUGGGAGCGAUCAAGAAACUGGCGCAGGUCCAACGUCAAGCAACACUUUUUAUCACUGGUGCAAUGAGGACGACGGCGAGUGACGUCCUUGACACGCAUGCUAACCUCCUUCCCUUUGCAUUGCUCAUUGACAAAAACUGCCACAGAGCUGCUGUACACCUUUGUACCCUCCCUCCAUCCCACCCACUACACAUGCAUGUCAAGAGACUUGACCCUGACCAAAUUGAGACAAUCUCACCAGUUUGUUUCUCUCCGACCUGGUCUCCACCCUUCCAGGUGUCAGUUGCAGACAACAAAGAGCUUGCUCUGAAGGAUGAAGCAGAAUGGGCAGCAAAACAUGGCUUCCGUGUUUACUCUGACAGUUCAGACAUUGACGAAGGUGUAGGGGCAGCAGCAGUACUGUACAAGCAAGGAUGUGCAAACCCCAAAGUCCUCCAGUUUCACCUCGGCAAAUCAUUGGAGCACACUGUCUACGAAGCUGAAGAUGUAGGUCUUAUCCUCGCCGUGAAACUGAUCCACAACGAAUUUGUUGUCUACACAGGGUCCUGUGCUGGCGAUAACAGGGCCUCCAUACAGGCGACCCGUCUCAGUCACCCUGCCCCCAGCCAUACCUCCUAG